CUAUGUUCGAACUUCGAUUCCAUUCAAAACAUUCGCGCAUUCGAAUUUUAAUACUUUAAAACGCGGAGUGCUGAAAAAAGUAUUAUUAUUAAUUAAGUAUUAAAUGCUGGAACGUAAUUCGGUGUUCCUUGCGCUGUUUGAUUUAUUACUUGGGUAAAACUAACUCGACCAAAUUCUGGAAUUCGAGUACCUACCUACCGACGUCAACGUCGUCGUGUUCGCUAUUAGCAGACGUGGUGAGCUGUCUGUGUUUCAGACGUUUCAGUUUUCCUUUUCGCCUCUCUUUUCAUAUUUCAACAGUCUUAUGCCAGAAUUUCGAUACACGAGUGUAAGCCGAGUACAGUAAGAACAUCUUCAGUGGAUAGAAUUUUUCGAAACAUCCGCUGUGUGAUGCGUGAUGCUGGUAUGACGAUGAGGUAGUUGUUAAUUACUAGACCGCCUUGGGAUGUGAAAUGAAAUAUUUACAAUCGUUGCGCCGUCAUUUCUGAAAUUAGUCGUCGAUGAAUACGCGCGUACAGCACUGCUGAUAUUGUACAUCUUCGAGACGAUUUUCAGGAAUUUUUGAAAUUGAAACGCGUAAUCGGAAAUAAAACUUUAUUUACGACUGACAGUACAGACUUCAAAUACAUAUCUACAGAGACAGAGUAGACAGAGAUACGUAGUAGAAUGGGCCAAGUUGAGAGUUUCAGCUCGUUUCCCGACGCCGUGGACUCGUUUCAAGACACAAUAAUUCGUCAAGCUAAAAGUCUUUCCGAGAUAUCUUCACUCACUUACGAUCAGUUCAACGAACAUUUGAAAGAACUCAAUGCGCUAUCCCUACGAUGCAUGGAUUCGGAUGGUAAACAGUUACUAUUCGCCGUCAAGAUGGGAUCAGAUUCGUCUGUUUUGUGGAAAGCUACGGUGCGAAUCGCGUGCGUCAAGUACGACCCUAAAAGUAAAGAAACGCAAUGCUGUAGACUGCUCAAUCUUGGCGAGUUUUUGAAAAUUUUCAAAACAAUCAAAAACGAAGUCGUGACCGCGCAGCAAAUUGACGUUACCAAUGUACGCGCGGAUUGCUUGAUGCAAAGGGUUACCUCCGUUGUUACGAAUAAUAAUGAAAACUCGUACGAACCAUCCACCGAAUGCUGCAUUUGCUUGGAACGCAAACAAGAAAUCACUUUACCUUGCGCUCACAGUUACUGCCAACCGUGCAUUAAUAUGUGGAAUGUUAAUAACAACACGUGUCCCGUUUGCCGCGAGGUACUUACCAACAGUAACGAAGAAUGGAUAUUGUUCGACGCGCCUAAUUCGGCCGAAAUUAACGAACAUAUCGCGCAUUCUUUGAUAAAUAUUGUCGCAGAUUCCGCCGAUUGAGUAGAACAACGAAAUGCAGAUCUUACAUUGAACCGUUAAAAUCGUUCCUCCGGUAUCUUUACGACAACACGCCUAUUAUUCAUAUUAUGUAAUUUGUAAUUUGUGUUCCAAAAGCAGAUUUCGGUACUUGGAGUACGUUCUAAUUUGAAAUUUUCAAUUUCAUUCGCGACUCGCUGCUGCGCGUUUCUACGUGUACAAUGUACAUUACAUACGUAUUAUUGCGUUGUACACUUUUUUCUGUACUUCUUUGCAUCCUUCUAAAGAAUUGUCGAGUAAGUUCUCAAUGCGAAUAAAUUUUGAAAAUUCAACUCGAAAUUAUCGAACGAAAAGGGAACGUCACCUUUGUGGCGAUUCCCAGCGCGGAAGAUUUACGGGGAAAAGUGAUCGAGCCACUCUUUCGUCAGCGAGGGAUUUUCUCUAAUGGGAAAUCUCUUUUGAACAAGUUACUGAAGUUUCUUAAAUACAUAUAUAAGUAAUAAUUGUAAAAUUUUGUUACCGUAACAACAAAUAAAUACACGUUUAUUGUUGAGAA